AUGGAUCUUGUGCUUAGGGAAAUUGACGAACUCAUAUCGUCCGUGGAAAAGAACUAUGACCAUGUAUUAUCGCAAAGGGUACCAUGCCAGCCUUUAACGGCAUUGCCAGGUCUAGUCUUUUUGUCUCCAAAGGCAAUGGAAGAACAGAAUGUAGGCAUCAGAUCUGACGUACUUUUACCUCACGAUCAGCUAGAGCUUCCGCUAUAUUUUGGGCUUCACUUGAUGUCCCGAGGCUUGUGCAAAAUUUCAUUUCCACAAAUUUAUAACAACGCUGCGGCCUUGUUAGCAGAACCAACUGCAGCGGCUGUUGGCAUGCUUUCACCCCUUUACUUUGAAUUAGGAUAUGAACUAUGUCAACAAUUACCCGAAUCUGAGUGGCCAGUGGAGAACCUGGCAGAGUUGCUUAAAAAUGCCGAAUGCACUAGAAGAUCAUACUUGUUGAAGCGACAAACUAGAAUUGAUGACACUUUUCUCAAGGGAUUAACGCACAAGGAAAAGAUGGUUUACAACUCGGUUUUGCAUAAUGAUUCCCAGGCACAACGUCACUCCAAUCGCAGUGCAGAUUUUUACUCAUAA